UUGGAUGAGCUGCCUGAUGCAGUAAGUCGCUUCAACCAUCUAACAACGUUGACUGUUCGUCACAAUCAACUGGAAGAUCUACCCAUGUCUUUGAAGACUUUGGUACACUUGAAAGAUCUAGAUGUAGCGCACAACAAUUUUAACGAAGUCCCACCUGUGAUCUUCCUCAGUAAAUCACUUAUAAAUGUGAAUCUGAAGAAUAAUAAAAUCCGCUUUCUCAGUUCUGCUAUUCUGGAUCUGCGUCAUCUUAAGUCUUUUGAUGUAUCUUUAAAU